CAUAAACUCAUAUAUAUACAAAUAAUAUAUUAACUCCGCAUGCAACACCUUAGAGAUAUAUGUAUGCAUGUAUAUAUAUGUAUUGAUUCUUAGCUUGGAGUUUGCUGGUACAAAUUCAAAUUCAAUUUAAGAACUAAUAAUCAUCAAUCAGAAUAUAGUAUAUAGAGGGAUGAACAAGGACAAUGAGACAUACCUUAAACUCUUCUGGGGUGGUGGUAGCUCUUAUUAUCAUCGUCAUCAGCAUCAUCAUCACUAUCACCAUAAGGCAAAGAACAAGAAUACUAUUAUAGCAGUUGCAAGCACGUUGAUUCUGCUCUUUUGCGUUGCUGUGGCCACUUUAUUUGCUUCUGUAGCUUGGAAUCAGUCCAUCUUUGAAGUUUUUUUCAUUCCAAGCCAGAACUAUUCAACAGUCCACACAAUUCCAAUGGUAUCCCGAAAACAAGAAUUUCCACUUAGAUGCAGCAAUUUGAAUUUGGAGAAGAAUGAGACACAAACGUGUCCCAGAGACAACUACCCUACAUCACAUAACCCGACAAAGAACAGCAAUCAGAGCCGUCCAUUAAUGUGUCCGUCAUACUUCACAUGGAUCCAUGAAGAUCUAAAGGCAUGGAGAGAGACAGGGAUCACAAGGGAAAUGCUUGAAGGGGCAAAAAGGACAUCUCACUUUAGGGUAGUGAUCCUGAGCGGAAAGGUGUACGUGGAGAAGUAUAGGAAGUCAAUACAAACAAGAGAUAUGUUUACUCUGUGGGGAAUCGUACAACUACUAAGGUGGUACCCUGGUAUGGUUCCUGAUUUGGAGCUCUUGUUUGAUUGUGAUGAUAGGCCUGUAAUCCAUAGGGACAGGUUUCAAGGCCCAAAUGCUGUUUCCCCACCACCCCCUCUCUUUAGAUAUUGCUCAGAUCAAUGGAGCUUCGACAUUGUCUUCCCUGAUUGGUCCUUUUGGGGAUGGGCUGAAAUAAAUAUAAAGCCAUGGAGAGAUACCUUGAGUGAAAUCAAACAAGGGAACAAGAAGAUGAAAUGGAAGGAUAGAGUACCAUAUGCUUAUUGGAAGGGGAAUCCUGAUGUGGCUCCAACUAGGAAAAAUCUUUUGAAAUGUAAUGUUACAGACAAAAAUGACUGGAACACUCGUCUAUACAGACAGGACUGGGACCAAGAAUCUAAUCAAGGAUACAAAACAUCCAACUUAGGAGACCAAUGCACCCAUAGGUAUAAGAUAUACAUAGAAGGGUGGGCUUGGUCAGUAAGUGAGAAAUACAUUUUGGCAUGUGAUUCCAUGACUUUAUAUGUUAAGCCCAAGUUCUAUGAUUUCUUUAUAAGAGGCAUGGAGCCAUUACAACACUAUUGGCCCAUCAGAGACAAUAGCAAGUGCACUUCUCUUAAGUUUGCCGUCGAAUGGGGCAAUAACAACACUCAUAAGCAGGCACAAGCAAUAGGUGAGGCAGCUAGCAAAUUCAUACAUGAAGAUUUAAGCAUGGAGUAUGUGUAUGAUUACAUGUUUCAUCUGCUUAAUGAAUAUGCAAAACUUCAAAAGUUCAAGCCAACUAUACCUCAAGGGGCAGUGGAGUAUUGCCCUGAAACAAUGGCAUGUUCUGAACAAGGUAUUGGGAGGAAAUUCAUGGAGGAUUCAAUGGUGAAAUCUCCUAGUGAUUCAUAUCCAUGCACUAUUCCUCCACCAUAUGAUCCUUCAACACUUCAAGGCAUUCUUGACAGAAAAGAUAGUUUAACAAAGCAGGUUGAAUUUUGGGAAGAUGAAUAUUGGCGUAACAAACACUAAGAAUACGUUUAAUAACCCUCAAAUAAUUUUUUUGUUUAAACAUAGUAUUUGUAGACAUCUUUUGUAUGUUAUAAUUUAAAGACUCU